AAUUUUUUAAGUCCUAUAACGACUUUAGUCCCUCUGAAAUUGAUAAUCUUGUCGAUAGUGCUACAGGCUCACUACGAUCAACAUUAGACUCUAUCGCUCCUAUAAAAAGGAAAUUAUUAAAACAUAGGAGACUAGCACCUUGGUAUAACCACCAAACCCGCCAGUUAAAACAAAUAGCUAGAAAAUCUGAAAGGAAAUGGCGCUCUUCCAAAUUAUCAGAAUAUCGCUCAAAUUGGCAAGAUAAUCUUAAAAUUUAUAGAAAGGCCCUCCGUAAUGCCAGAAGAGCCUAUUACUCAGCACUAAUAGAAGAAAAUAAGAACAACCCUAGGUUCCUCUUCAGCACUGUAGCCAGACUGACAGAGAGUCACAGCUCUAUUGAGCCACAUAUCCCCAUAAACUUAAGUAGCAAUGACUUCAUGAGCUUCUUCUAUAAUAAAAUUAUUAUUAUUAGAGAAAAAAUUAAUCACCAGCUGCCAUCAACAGUUAUCAGUGGCUCUCCAAGUUCAGGGACUUCUGUCAAUGUAAACUUAGAUAUAUAUUUAGACUGUUUUUCUGCUAUCAAUCUUCAUCAGUUAACUUCAAUCAUUUCUUCAUCGAAGCCAUCAACCUGUCUAUUAGACCCGAUCCCAACUAGGCUGCUUAAAGAAGUUGUUCCCUUAAUUGGCACUUCUUUACUGGAUAUGAUUAAUCUUUCUUUAUUACCAGGAUAUGUACCACAGUCCUUUAAAGUAGCUGUAAUUAAACCCCUUCUUAAAAAGUCCACUCUUGACCCAGGGGUUUUAGCCAACUAUAGACCAAUUUCUAACCUCCCCUUCCUCUCUAAGAUUCUGGAGAAAGUAGUCGCCAAAGAGUUGUGUGACUUUCUACAUAACAAUAGUUUAUUUGAGGAUUUUCAGUCAGGAUUUAGAGUUCAUCAUAGCACAGAGACAGCUCUGGUUAAAGUUAAUAAUGACCUUCUGACUGCUUCUGACAAUGGACUUGUCUCUGUACUUGUAUUAUUAGAUCUUAGUGCUGCAUUUGACACCAUUGACCAUAAUAUUCUUUUGGGGAGACUUGAGCAUCAAAUUGGCAUUAAAGGAACCGCACUAAGCUGGUUUAAGUCAUAUUUAUCAGAUCGUACGCAGUUUGUACAUGUUAACGAUGAAUCUUCAAUAAAUACUACAGUUAGUCAUGGAGUUCCACAAGGUUCUGUACUUGGACCAAUACUAUUUACUUUAUAUAUGCUCCCAUUAGGCAACAUUAUUAGGAAUCACUCCAAUAACUUUCACUGUUAUGCAGAUGAUACGCAGUUAUAUCUAUCAAUCAAGCCCAAAGAAAUUAAUCAAUUAUCUAAAUUACAAACAUGUCUUAAGGACAUACAAUCCUGGAUCACCUCACGGCUUGCUACACUGGCGCCCACCGUGGGGCAGCACACGGAAAUGUCCGAUCCACUACCGCCCAUGCAGCAGCCUCCACAGCAGCCACCUCCGCAGCCGGCCCCGCAGCCGCCUACGGAGCAGCCAUCACAGCUGAUCACACUGCUGGGAGAGAUGCUGGGGCAGAUCACGGCAAUACACAGCCAGCAGACGGCAACAAAUAGACGGCAUCUGGAGGCACUCCAGAACCAGGCGGGGAAGCAGAACCAGCUGCUGGAGGGACUGCUGGCCCGGUCGGGGGCACAGUCUCCAUCCCCUCCAUGCUCCUCCUUUUCCGGCAUCACCAUGCACCGGAUGACAGCGGCGGAUGACCCCCAAACCUUCCUCGAAAUGUUUGAGGCGACGGCGGAGGCCUGUGGCUGGCCGGCGGCGGAGUGGGCCGUGCGCCUGCUUCCCCUGCUGUCGGGAGAGUCCCAGACUGCGGCGCUCGGCCUGCCAGCUUCUGCUCGGGGGGAGUUCCAGAACGUCAAAAGAGCCAUCCUAGACAGGAUGGGUUUCUCCCCCGAGGAUCACCGCCGCCGGUUCCGGUCCGCCACACUGGGAUCCUCUGACCGUCCAUUCGUCUUUGCGCAGCAGCUGAAGGACGCUGCCACCAGGUGGCUGCAGCCGGGGGGAUCCAGCGGCGAGAGGCUGAUGCUGGAGCAGGUGGUGCUGGAGCAGUUUGUGGAGGGGCUCCCGACCGGGACCGCGGAGUGGGUGCGGUGCCACCGACCGGCGGGUUUGGAGGCCGCCAUCACCCUCGCAGAGGAUCAUCUGGCUGUCCACGGUGGGGACCGAGCUCCGGAGAGGCGGCCCUCUGCACCCGCCCGACCCGUGCCGGCGCCCCGCAGGAGACCCCCACCCCCGCUUACCCCCCGACUGGAAACUGUUGCCCGGCCUCUCCCUCUGCCACGCAGUAACCAACCCUCUUCUCUCUCUCCUUCCCAGGGUCCAGCCGCUACGGGUGCCGCUCUCGGCCCACAGAGGGUUCCUCAGGCGUCAGGGCAGGAGUGUUGGCGGUGCGGGCAGCCCGGGCAUUUCCGCAGGGAGUGCCCUCUCAUGGAGGUCGGACAGGUGGUCCGGGUUGCUGGCCCACCAACACCCUCCCCCGGUCCAGGAGGGACAUACAGCGUCCCGACUGACGCUUCGAACAGAGGGCUGGGGGCCGUUCUGUCCCAGCAGGUGCAGGGUGUCGACCGCCCGGUGUUAUACAUCAGCCGGAAGCUGUCGGAGAGGGAGUCUCGGUAUAGCACGAUCGAGAAGGAGUGCUUGGCGAUCCGGUGGGCGGUCGAGGCUCUGCGUUAUUACCUGCUGGGGCGCUCGUUCACCCUCUGUUCGGACCAUGCCCCCCUCCAGUGGCUCCACCGCAUGAAAGAUGCCAACGCCCGGAUCACUCGGUGGUAUCUGGCCUUACAGCCGUUUAAAUUCAGGGUGGUCCAUAGACCGGGGGCGCAGAUGGCCGUGGCCGACUUUCUCUCCCGCUCCUAUGGGGGGGGGGGGAGUAGGUUAGGCCGGAUGGCGCCCCGGCCUAAAUCGGGCGGUGGGGUUUUGUGUGCUGGGGAACCCCGUCUGUAG